GCUGUGUAUUGUGUAGUGUGGCUGCUGCCUGACAGGUGUGGAGUGUGCUCAACUUGGUGUACUGUAGUUGCUUGCUGGCUCUGAGCUUGCCGGGUGGUUCUGUGGCACGUCCUGGCACUCACUUAGGCACUCCUCGAGGAUGACAAUGGAGGAGAAGACUCCGGCCCUGGAGGACAAGACCUCGCCCACGGAGGACAAGAAGGAGGAGGCCAGCAAGAACGGCGCUCCGGUGCCGGAUACGGCCCAGCCGGCCGCCGUGGCCGACACCCCGCCAGCCCCGGGACUGAACGCUAGGCUCGCGUUUGCCAUCUCAGCCGCUGCCUUCGGCUCGGCCUUCCAGCACGGGUUUAACCUCGGGGUUAUCAACGCCCCACUCAAGCUAAUUGGUGAAUGGAUGAAUACGACUAACUUUGACCGGAAUGAGGAAUACCUGACUGAGACGAAGCAGACGAUGCUCAUCUCCAUCAUGGUGUCCAUCUACUGCAUUGGUGGCAUGAUCGGAGGAGCGCUCACUGGCUUCUUCGCCGAACGAUUUGGACGCAAGGGCGGAUUGCUUAUCAACAACAUCUUUGCUAUCGUGGCGUCUGUGCUCUUUGGGUUCUGCAAGAUGGCUAACUCUUAUGAGAUGCUCAUAGCUGGACGGUUUGUCAUUGGGAUCAACAAUGGACUAAAUGCCGGGUUGUGUCCCAUGUACUUGUCAGAGAUCGCCCCAGUCAACCUCAGAGGUGCAAUUGGUACAGCAUACCAGCUGGUCCUCACUAUUUCCAUACUGUUCUCGCAGAUUAUGGGAUUGGAGAACAUUUUGGGCACAGUCGAACUGUGGCCCCUCUUGUUGGCUCUGACUGGGCUGCCUGCCAUCUUCCAGUUGGCUGCCUUGCCUGUUUGUCCAGAAUCACCCAAGUUCCUUUUGAUCAAUAAAGAUGAACCAGUUGCAUCUCAGAGGGCACUGACAUGGCUCAGGGAUACCACCAACGUGCAAGAUGAGAUGGGAGAGAUGCGCAACGAAGCUGAGGCCUCCAAGCUGGUGCCUUCUGUGUCCAUGAGGGAGAUUCUCACCAACCCAACCCUCCGUAUCCCUCUCGUUAUCUCACUGAUGAUGAUGAUGGCUCAACAACUGUCUGGCAUUAAUGCUGUCAUUUUCUUCUCAACGGAGAUAUACAAGUCCGCUGGCCUGAGUGAAGAAGCUUCCUUGAAUGCAACCAUUGCUAUGGGAACAAUGAAUGUGCUUAUGACAUUUGCCUCCCUUGUAAUGGUUGAGAAGUUUGGCCGUAAGACCCUCAUGCUGGCAGGUUUGAGUGGCAUGGUUGUUGAUGUCUUCCUCCUCUUCAUCUGCCUUCUGUUGAAGGAUACUGCACCCUGGAUCAGCUACCUCUCCAUCUUCCUCGUGAUCUUCUUUGUGGUGAUGUUUGCAACUGGCCCUGGCUCCAUUCCCUGGUUCCUAGUCACUGAGCUCUUUGCUCAGAAUGCUCGUCCAAUAGCCUCGUCCAUCGCUGUUGCAGUGAACUGGACAGCUGCCUUCCUCGUUGGACUUGGAUUCUUGCCACUUCAAGAGCUGGUGGGUCCUUACGUAUUCCUGAUUUUCGUGGGUCUCUUGAUUGGAUUCAUUAUCUUCACCUGGUUUAAAGUACCUGAAACUAAAGGCCGUUCCAUUGAUGAGAUAACGGCUAUCUUCAAGCAAACAGCAUAUGGGGCCAAUAGUGUUUGAAGAUAUUAAAAGACUCAUGCUUAAGGUAACAUACCAAAUCCAGUGCUGAAUGACACUUAGGUUAGUUAGGCAAAACAUGUAUGUAGGUAAUGUACAGGUUGAGUGCAAGAUGGUAGGUGUAUGGUCGCCAGCAUAACAGCAUUGUGUACAUGCUUCAUGAAGGUGUAUAGCGAGUGUCCUGCAUAUUCUGCACUGCUUCAUGUACAAUCAUGUGAUAUGAUAGUUUCAAAUCAAGAAACGACUUGCAAACAAAUGUGUUUUAAAUCAUCAGGAAGCUUUUUAAAUUAUUGUGAAAGUUAAGCAACGUGAUAUGGAGCAUAAGAUGUACUCAUUAAGAUGUAAAGCUGACUUCUGCAACCAAUUUUUGUCUGGCAUUGCUGUUUUAUAUUUCUCUUAACGCUGACACUAUGUGUAUUUAAAAAAAUAUAUGUGGACUUUUAUAUGUAAUAAUGCCAUGUUAUCUUGUGAUGUAGCCAUGCUAAUACGCAAUUGGCAGUACACGUGGACAACGCCUUCAUGGUGCCAGUCUUUACAUGCUAUAAGGUCCAAGAAGGAAUCAGUAUUGAGCUAUAAUGUCAUAUGAUAUAUUCGUUCAUUUAAUGACCAAACUGUUUUUGAUGUCCACUUUCAGUUGUGGCCAGUGGAUCAUUUUAAUUUAUAUCACAAAUGAUCUUGAUAUACUGACAUAAUGAAGAGUUAGUUGACUUGGGCUCAUUACUGUUAUUUCCCUCCUAUGCUGAGUGAUAUGGAAGUGUAUUUCCAUGGAUCUAGAUGUUUUGUGUCAUAGGGUUAGUAUUUUGCUGGUCUAAAUACUGCAGCUCUGGCUAAAUUUUUAUUGUCAUUAUUUUUGUUUUCCUCUGGAUACAUUGGCUGUGACCUUACCUAUUAUUGAUGAAGUGUUGCAGAAUGUUUUGGAUGGGUGAAAGGCUUAGUACAGAUGUAAAAUGUCAGUUUAAUUAUAUUUUUGUAUUAAGACCAGACACAGUCUUGCAAGUUGAAUGUGUAUUGCUUGCUUUGCCAUGAGAACACCAUGUAGGUCAGUAAUGCACAUACAUUCUGUUGUCUCGUACAGAUAACUGAUUCAUUGUUUUCAUAGUUAAUGCCAUCCUGUCUCACUACGUUAGUUGUCUCUAUAACAGACACAACUUGUACUAAGAGGAUGUUACUUUAUGAGUACAGAAUUGUGAAAGGUAAAGUUCAACUAAAUUGUACCAGAUUGGAACUAAGUAAUCUGGGUCUGAUAUAUAUGUGCAGCUGUCUUUUUAAAAGUAAUUUUUAGUUGUGGACCCAAAAUUUUUAGACCAGUCUAUAGAUAAUAUUGCAGUUAUUAUGAAAGAGCUACAUCAAAAUAGCUCAAGAUUUAACACUUACAUCUGUAGUAUACAUACUAUUAUCUUAAGAAAACUGAACCAAGAAGAAAUAAUGACAUCCUUGUUAUAACCAUUUGUGUUGAAUAAAAGGCAUGUUAUUAAUGCCAGUAAGACUAAAACUGUAGUAAAACUUAGUGAUCAAACUUUAGUUAUAAAAAGGCAACCAGUAGAAGUAACAUGUGAGAGUAGAGGAAGGUUACCACAGUUGACAGUAAGCGGUGCAUGUGUGCCCUUUACACACUUUCUGACAAUAUGGUUUAGUAUUUUGAAGUCAUUAAAGAUAUCCAGUAAGUGUUCUUAACAUUUUGUGUUUGAGAGUAAUGAAUGAGGCUUAACAUUCAAUGUAAUAAAUUUUAGUUUAUUUUCUAGAUAUUCAUUCCUAUUUCUGUCUAGUCAAUGUAAUGUAUUUACAGCUGGAAUGUGUCUUUUAUAUUUUAUCAGAAAUCUAUAUAAGAUUCAUAUAUGAAUAAAAAUAUAGUUUUAACGCAUUAUCAUACUUCAUUUAGCAGGAAAGAAUAAUUGAAUAUCAAAAUGCAAACAGUGCAAAGUUCAAUCACAGAGCUUGCUAGUACAGAGUAUCAAGAUUAGCAAAAGUGCUUACUCGCACAGUGUCAAGAUCAGCCACAGUGCUUACUAGCACACAGUGUCAAGAUCAGCCACAGUGCUUACUAGCACACAGUGCCAAGAUCAGCCACAGUGCUUACUAGCACACAGUGUCAAGAUCAGCCACAGUGCUUACUAGCACACAGUGCCAAGAUCAGCCACAGUGCUUACUAGCACACAGUGUCAAGAUCAGCCACAGUGCUUACUAGCACACAGUGCCAAGAUCAGCCACAGUGCUUACUAGCACACAGUGUCAAGAUCAGCCACAGUGCUUACUAGCACACAGUGCCAAGAUCAGCCACAGUGCUUACUAGCACACAGUGUCAAGAUCAGCCACAGUGCUUACUAGCACACAGUGCCAAGAUCAGCCACAGUGCUUACUAGCACACAGUGUCAAGAUCAGCCACAGUGCUUACUAGCACACUGUGUCAAGAUCAGCCACAGUGCUUACUAGCACACAGUGUCAAGAUCAGCCACAGUGCUUACUAGCACACAGUGUCAAGAUCAGCCACAGUGCUUACUAGCACACAGUGUCAAGAUCAGCCACAGUGCUUACUAGCACACAGUGUCAAGAUCAGCCACAGUGCUUACUAGCACACAGUGCCAAGAUCAGCCACAGUGCUUACUAGCACACAGUGCCAAGAUCAGCCACAGUGCUUACUAGCACACAGUGUCAAGAUCAGCCACAGUGCUUACUAGCACACAGUGUCAAGAUCAGCCACAGUGCUUACUAGCACACAGUGUCAAGAUCAGCCAGAGUGCUUACUAGCACACAGUGUCAAGAUCAGCCACAGUGCUUACUAGCACACAGUGUCAAGAUCAGCCACAGUGCUUACUAGCACACAGUGUCAAGAUCAGCCACAGUGCUUACUAGCACACAGUGUCAAGAUCAGCCACAGUGCUUACUAGCACACAGUGUCAAGAUCAGCCAGAGUGCUUACUAGCACACAGUGUCAAGAUCAGCCACAGUGCUUACUAGCACUCAGUGUCAAGAUCAGCCACAGUGCUUACUAGCACACAGUGUCAAGAUCAGCCACAGUGCUUACUAGCACAGUGUCAAGAUCAGCCACAGUGCUUACUAGCACACAGUGUCAAGAUCAGCCACAGUGCUUACUAGCACACAGUGUCAAGAUCAGCCAGUGCUUACUAGCACACAGUGUCAAGAUCAGCCACAGUGCUUACUAGCACACAGUGUCAAGAACUGAACUGCACUAGGUGUCCAUUUUCACUAACAAACAUAGUGUUUUCUCAGUGACUUCACAUGAAAUUGGUACAUUCCCACAAUGAACACGAUGUACCCCAUAAAGUUUAUACCUAUUUAUAUAUAAUGUACUGUAUAUUAUUUUCAUAAAGAAAAACUAAAAAAAAAUACUAUUUUAACGUACUUAUGAAUUAUGUCAGGAAAUUAUAUUUUGCAUUCAAUCAAAUUUUUCAUUUCGUUUACUAAUUGUCGUAGUACAUUUUGAAAUUAAUUGAGUUAUUUAGGAACACAAUGCUGUAGAAGAAGUAAUAGUGUUGACCAUGAUAGUGUUAACCAUCUUACAGUCAUCAGUUGAUCGUUACUCUAAGAGAAGAGCAAGCUCUCUGUGAGACAAGGUAAUGAUCUCAUCAGUCUUUGUUAUCUAAGCACCAACACCAAACUCCAUCAUUGUUGUUAAUUAAGGGCUCUCCAUAUAUUAGUAAUUUCUCAAAGAGUACAAAUUGAUAUUUUCUUCAUAAAUCUUUGAUCGUUGAAGACCAUUGUAUAUCCAUGAUAAUGUACUGAUGUUCGUGUGUGUGUGUGUGUGUGUGUGUGUGUGUGUGUGUGUGUGUGUGUGUGUGUGUGUGUGUGUGUAAGCUUACAAUGUACCUCAUAUAUAUGCCGUGAAUGCUUGAGAAAGUGGAUUGAUUCUCAGGAUAGCUAAGUGUGAGCGAGCUUAUAUUACUUAUAACUUAAAAUCUGUUAAGUGAGUAUUCUGUGAAUGAGGUUUACAGCAUGGAGAGUCUUCACUGAGAUUACCCAGUAAACCAUAAGCUACCUAAGCAAUGAACAUAAUAUAUCAUCAUGGAUCUGGUUCUUCAACCAAUAUUAUAAUUAUACAGUUGUAUUAAAAAUGUUGUCAGUUCUACAACUCUCAGAAACCUAAAUUAGAAUAUAAAAUUAGACCACUUAUGUGCACAUAUUCUGGUAUUAUUACUGUAAUGCAUUCUAUUAUUAUAAUUAUUCAUAUUGUUUGUACAUAGUCAUCGCAAUUAUUUACACGUUCAUACAUUACUUGGAAGUUCAGACAACUGUUUUGUUAAAUGUGAGUCCUGGAACAUGGAAACAGGCUGUUACGAAGGGGAAAUUGUUUGUUAUGAAUGUAUAAUGACAUCAUAUUCAUGCAUAUUCUUCCUUGUAGCAGCUAUUGGCAUUUGCAAAAUAGUACUUCAUUUUAAAUUGUUCAUUUCUUUUCUUUGUAUCAUUUCUGAUUUGAUGUUGAUAAUUGAAUUAUAUUUUGACAAAUCAGUUAUGUCUAUGUUUAGGUUCAUCUACAUAUAGACGGAAGAAAGCUCUCAAGUCUCUUAACAAGAGUCAAAAUGACUUUAUUUACCUCAGUAAAACAAGUUAAAUUAAAUUGGUAUAGAUUGGUUCAAUUAAAUUAAUCUUCUCAAAUUGAAUUAGUAUAGACAUGAUUAAGAGUCUGCAAAGUUCACCAGUUGCAAGCAAAGAAAACUAAAAUGAUCACCAUCAUCACUUCAUAUCAUUGUGAAAAGUCUCAUUGUCAAAAUGAUAUUUUUGUUUAUAGAGGGCAUGUUGUAGGUAUUUUAAUUAUGAGAAUGUACGUAUAGGUGUUGUGUAUGUGCGUUUAUACACAACUGUUGAAUCAUGUACAGUAAUUGGAAGUAAAGUUGUAUGUAUAUA